AGCAGGCUCCCAGCGCCGCGCUGGUUGGCGGCCCCGAGAAGUCGCCCGAGAUCCUGGCGCCCAUGUCGGCGUCGAGGAAGAUGGCAGGCAUGUACCUGUCCUACGUGGCGAGCCUGAUGGUCUGCAUGCCCGGCAGCAGCGCGUUCGACUACACCGCCGGCUACGCCUUCGGCUUCCGCAAGGGCGUCGCCUUCGUGGCGCUGUCGAAGGGCACCGCGGCGCUGCUGACCUUCGCCCUGGUGCGCACGCUGCGGGACACGAGGGUAGUGGUGCACCUCAGGACGCGGGCCGAGCGGAGGCGGGGCACGACGGACUGCUCGGCGCGCGCCCGCUGGACCAAGCAGAUCCAGAAAGGGGUGCAGAGCGACUGCUUCAAGUUCUGCCUCCUGGCGCGCCUGGCGCCCCUCCAGGCCAGCUUCGUCAACUACGUCCUCUCUAUGUCAGACGUUCCUUUUUCGACGUACGUGGCCGCGUCCCUCCUGGGGAUGCUGCCGCCCAUCUGCAACAACGUGUACGUGGGCGUCGCGGCCAGUGCGGUGAAGGAGGCCGUCGCGGGCGGCAGCGGCCGGGGCGGCGCCAUGAGCUUGGUAAGCGUGAUCCUCGUCGCCAUCAGCAUCUUCGCGAGCGCCGGACUGGUGAAGCAGCUGGCCGGAGGCAGCCUCGACGGCGACGGCGGCGCCGGCAGUGCCGGGGAGCACUCGGCCGAGGGCAGCGCCUCCUCGACGGACGUCGAGGCGGGCGC